CUCUUCUUGCCGAAACCCUCGGCUCAAUUGAUCAAAUAGUACAUCCCCAGCAACUGGCCACAGUCUGCAGCCCAGUGCGCUCCCAUGCACCGUCACCAAACCUACUGUGACUUCCCCCUUGUCACCGUGCCACACACAGCCAAAGCAAAGCAGAAUGGCAAGGGUGAUAAGCCUGUGUGCUCUAACACACCCUGAUUGGGCUCCACACACUUUUGAGGUACUAAAUAAGUCUCACUGAAAUAAUGUCCUGCAUGGGCCAAGUGAGUUUCCCGAUCAGAUGCGCAUAGAGGCUACAGCCUGGGCCAUUCCUCCGUGGUGCGCAAAGCUCUCUGGGUGUCUGCUGUGGGCUGGAUGUCCCUUCACAUGUCGGAUUUAGCUGUGCAGCAUUACUUGGUGGAUCAGCGGAUUGUCCGAGAAGCUGGUGCAGCAACUUUUCCCUGCAUAUUCCCCCCCCACCAGAAUAUGUCGUUGACCAACACAAAGACGGGCUUUUCUGUAAAGGACAUUUUGGACCUUCCUGACACAAAUGACGAAGAAGGAUCUAUCACCGGAGCGGAGGAAGACACGGAGGGAUCGGAGACCACGUCCACGACAAAAAACACUGGAGUUUUGGUGCAAAGUCCUCUUGAAAACGUUCAAAAUCUGCCUUUAAAGAACCCCUUUUAUGACAGUAGUGACAAUCCUUACACACGAUGGCUUGCUACUACGGACAGUAUUCAAUAUUCAUUGUUUCUCCCGUUUCUUGCCGCAGUGCACGGCCUAUCCGCCAGCUCUCAGGACUCGGCCAAGUCCCCGGAGCCGUCCGCGGACGACGAAUCGCCGGACAACGACAAGGAGACCUCCAGCAGCGGCGGCAGCGACUCCGGCAAGAAGCGGAAAAGGAGGGUGUUGUUUUCCAAGGCGCAGACCUACGAGCUGGAGCGCCGCUUCAGGCAGCAGAGGUAUCUGUCCGCCCCGGAGAGGGAGCACCUGGCCAGCCUGAUCCGCCUCACCCCGACCCAAGUGAAGAUCUGGUUCCAGAACCACCGGUAUAAGAUGAAGAGAGCCCGGGCCGAGAAAGGUGGCAGGAGUUUAUUAGGGUGCAUAUGGUGCUGUGUGAACCACAGCCAGUCCACACACAGCGAAUCCACAAGUUUACUCAGUGGGACGGAGCAUCUACAGAGCAUUGUUCACAUCAGCCUCCCAUCUGCAUGAGAAGAACCUGGUGAGCUGAGAGCUGACUGACACACACCAGCUAUCUGUGGUUAAAGCAGGGAAGAAACAGAAGAGCUGCAGCUUGAUGACAGUUCAAGGAAAAAGAGGAAGAUACCCGCUGCGGCAUCUUUGAGCAUCUCCAACAUCUGUCAUGUUGUUUUUUAUUUUGUUUAAUAAAAACAGGAUUCUUUUUUGUUACCUCCCCUUUGAAUUGUAUCCAAUUCAGAAGCAAAGAAUAGUCAUUUAUACUGUGAAUGGUUAACAAAGAUAAACUAUAAAACAGUCUAUGCCUGCAACAGGUUUUAUUUCAUGACAAAUAAGUUAAAUUCAUAAUCAGCAUUGCACUGUGUUUUUUUCAAAUGCAUUCACAAUUUCUAGAUCUUCUUUCAUAUAUGUAAUUUAUGGAAUAAUUGCUCACUAAUAAAUCCCCUCUAUCUCUGUCGAGAAAAUUUACAAAACAAAAUCUUGAUGCUCAUUUGGCAGUUGAAUUUAAUUUAGUGGGUAAAUAUAAGAAGACAAAAUUUAGUGUGUAAAAUUGAAAGGGGGAGAAUAACAGUCAGUAAAGCUAUGAUCAUAAAACUAUUGUGUCAUGCAGUGUUUUAUAUAUACCUCAUAUUUUACAUCUGUAUGACAUGUAUCAUUUGAAUCAUUUGCAUGUAUCCAGUAAAUAAACAUCCUUACAAUAUUGUUCAAUUGGUUUUACAAUUAUCUCUCUCUGAGGUGUUAUAGCACUCGCUUUUAGCUCCUUUUCCUCAUCAGCAGUGUACAGUGUUGUUCUUUCACAUGCAUGAAAACAUGGCUGAGAGAGGAAACACAGAACCCAUUUGCUUAAGCGUCCUUGUCUCCAUGUAAAGAUUUUUCACAAGCUUCUUUUGUUACGAGUAUAACGGGGCAGAUUUUUAGCUCCUCUCAUGUACAAUAUCUGAAAUUGAGGACAGGACUGAGGAACACAUUCUGUCAAAAAUCCUUUGUGACAUUUUUCUGAAUGCUGAAAUCCUUACAGUAAUAUUUGACAGAGUCACAGAACAGGAUCUUAUCACACUGAAAUAAACAGAUGUGUGUUUAGCUUCCAUUCUUGCUUCCUUGGACAAGACAAAACAUGCAGCAGUGUUUUGCUGUGGGAGACGCUGAUAUUGCAGUUUUGUUUAAACUGUGGUAGUGGUAGGUCUGAGUUUAAAGCACUGCAGAUAAUCGGCGGCCAGUUUGGAGUCAUUUUGUAAAAAAAAAAAAGGAGUAAGCGUCAAGGUUCUUGACUUUGCUGAAUGCUGAGAUUAAGAAAAACAGCAGAGUCUGCAGAGUACACACUGAGACUGCCAUGAUCUGAUCUGGUAGAGUGAGUGCUCAGACAGAGAAGGAGUGUUUUUCUUCCCAGGUACCUUACUCCAUCUGUCUACUAGUAUUCCAUGACUACAGCCAUGUAAAAAUGUAAUCAGUAUGGUAAAUGAAAUAAAGGACUACAGAAAAUCA